AUGAUCGCCGAUCCACUCUCGUGGAAAGCUUGUCUCACCCUCCUCGUGAGGGCAUUGUAUGUAUGUGGAUCCCGAAAGCAACUACUUGGCACUGUGACCUCGCAUUCGCCGACCUUGCCGCCUAAAGCUCUCAUCGGCGAGGGUUGCGCUCGGCGCGACGACCAAGAGCUCGGACUCCGCGCACAGUUUGCCUUGCCUUUGCCGUGGGGUGGAAAGGAGGGACGUCGGUGGUCCGUGAGGGGCGUUAUGGUUUGCGUUGUCUUUGCUGCGGAUGGGGGGAGGAUGCGAGUGGACGCACGAGUAGCAUUGAGUGGCUGCACCGACUGUCCUGAGCAAGUCUCACAGACUGGGGAGACUUAG